AUGCUGAAUGUAAUGAUUACGCUUUUCUGCGCGCUGACCAUCCUCAGUCUGAAUCACUGCCAUGAACUGCCGUCAAAGAUUGAAGUCGAGACCUCGAUCAACCGAACGGUCGACGAAGUUGAGAAGCUGAUGCGUCAGAACACGACGUUACCGCAUCUCAGUAGAAACGAGAUCGUUGAUAUCCUCUUCAACAUCACGUCCAAAGACGUCGAAGCGUAUCAGAAUAAAGAGAUGAUGGAGGAGGCGAGGAAGAUCUAUCAAAGGGCGCUGAUGGUCGUUUUGCCCUACAACGAGGAGGACGCGAAAGGAAACAUCAGCGAUCUGUAUGCAAAGCCUCCGAUAGUCCAAAUAAUCACUGAUCCUUCUUCCAGUCCGGAUCUCAAGGCGUGGAGAAACAAGAAGUUAGAGCCGUACACGCAGGAAACAGAACGCGAGAAGGAACCCCUCGGGAAUCUCGUGGUAACGCACGCUUCCGAGAAGACCACGAAGACGCGCUACAAGAAUCACAAGGAAACGUACUCAGAAUUAGAAACGAAGAUGCCAUUGAAAGAGAUAGCGAAGUUGGACUCAGCGCCCACAAAGUUUAGCUUUAAUCUGGAGAAUCUGCAGAAACAGUCGACCACCGAGGAACCAGAAACUACCAGACGACCAGUAUAUCAAAGACCAUCGUCUUACUCCGUCAAGAAUAAAAAUGUCUCUGCAAUAUACAGCACGAGUACGACAACAGAUCGAACGACAACGACGAGUUCCAAGGACACUUCGACGAUUGGCUUAAAAAAACUGCGAACUUCCGCGUCCCCACCUUUAAACCAUAACGGUAACGUCUUAUCUAUCGACCAGUGGCGUUAUAAUGCACCGACGAGUGCAACGCAAAAUCCCACUACAUCGCCCAAAACUGCGGAUUCGCCUUCUCCUACAGUUUCCAAGAGGUUACCGUACCUUUCGAUUAUCAAGAUGCCAAAGGAUGUUAUAGCUCCGACGGUGAUCAGUAAAACUAAGGACGCUUCGCGGAUCGUGAAAGUAACGUCUGGAAAAAUGCAAGUGGCAAACACCGAGCAAUCAGUUUCCAUCUAUGUGACCCCAACGUCCUCCUCCUUCUCCUCUUCUUCCUCUUCUUCUCCUUCUACUCCAUCUCCUUCUGAAAAGCCUAAAUACAGCUCGACUUACAACUUGAACUCUGGAGGAUUCCGCACGAUCACAACAACCACCAUGCGUCCGGAAGUGAUGGAUCUACUCGCUUCCAUUGGGCUUCGACCGGAAAAUGCCACAAACGUGGAGGAGGUCUUCAAGAAGAGCAAGGUGGACCUGGAGAUCAGUUCCCGGAUUCCCGACAGUGGCGGCGUUAGCCAUUCGACUUCCGGUCUGACGACCGCCGAUUUACCAUCAGUGACCGCUCAAAACGCCUUUGGGAAUGUUCCGGAGAUUGGAAAGGGGAUGAGCAAUCUAACGCCCGAUGUGCGGUUGCUGUUCCAGCGGUUCGGUCUACAGACAUCCGGCAACACGGUAGCUGCUUCUACAACCUCCACAUCCGCGCCGCGAUCGACCACGAACACGUACACCAACUUCAAACCUCUUCCAACAUCGAAGAUCAAAGAUCGAGAUAUGAAGGAGUUCCUGGCACAGUUUGGGCUCGGUAUCAAUGAGGGCGUCAGACAAAAGAAAUCCAUGCCGGCGUCGACGGAACGUCCGUCCUUGAUCGAGGCUGUUCCAAGUAACAUGAGACGGAUCCUCGAAAACAUCGGUCUGAUCUCGCGCACUACACCAAGAACAACGACGACAACGACGACGACAACGACGAAGACGCCAACGACGAUAACGGCGCCGAAGACGGAGAACGUGAAACCGACGGAAUUGACCAGUUCCAUGUUUCACGUCUUCAAGCCGCACGAGGUCCGCGUGAAAGACGAGCGACAGAGGAAGAAGAUCAACGAGCUCCUGGACACAAUCCGACUGGUGCAGGAAGGCAAGGCAAACGCGACGGAUGUGCGAAGGGUGGCCAACGAACUGCUCGCGACCACGAAGACCCUAAGGGAGGGGCCGGAUCCGUUGAGUCUGGAGGAGAUUAUCAGGAUUUACAACGAGGACGUAAAGAACGAGGUGAAGAGGGAGCAGAGUUCGCCGGAAACCACUCCGACCAUCACCGACAGUGACCCGGAUGUUGCCACGAACUCCACGUCGAUGCUUACUGAAUCUAUAGAUGCUUCCUCGACGACGACCUCGACGACGACCACGACGGCCUCAGACUCCGCGAAGGACAGUUCGGACUUGUUUGGUACACUGACGCCGACGUCGUCGACGACCGCGGCUACGAAUCUCGUGGCGUUGGAGGAGUCCUUCGGUGGUAUCACCAGCGAGCCAGACCCCGUUGUGCCAACCAAGCGAAAAAACGGCCUGUACUUCCUAGUGGACUGGAACACCUUCCUGGAGGUCGGCGAGGAGAACAACGAGAAGGUGAAUCUGAGGUUCCAGCCGAAAGUCGGCGACAGAUCGAGAUUUCUACCAGUCACUGUGCCGUAAUCUCUCUAUGAAAAUUUAUCCAUUUCAUAAUAUUAUAAUAAGACAGCGUGUCUUAUAUAAACGCUAUUUCAUGCACAAGAACCAUAAUAUCCACGGUCGAUUGGUUUAAAAAACUCUAAACUAUUUAACAUGAUUUACUAUAUUGUCUAUGUCACUAUAUGAUUUCAUGUUUAGUAUAAUUUCUCCAAUAAAGAGAGAAAGAGAGGAUAUAUGCACAUGAAAAUUGGAGAAAAGGAGAGGGAGAGAAAAAGAGAGAAAGAAAGAGAGAUUUUAAUAUUUAAUAUACUUUACAUUAUUAAAAAGGAAUAUUAAGAAUUACAUGUAUAUAUUGACACUGUUUUAAUUUUCGCAAUUUUCUCUUAAAAGUUUUUUAGUAAAUGUUAAGAUUAGGAACGACUUCAUCGAUUUCAAUGACCAUGACAUGUAUUAUCAAGGACAUGGCUCUGAUUAACUGCAAACAAUUUUAACUGUCGCUCAUUGUAUAUUAUAAAAUUAUGAACAAAAGAUAGUAAGUAUUUAAGUAUUAAGUAUUUAAAGAUAAUAAGAUCGCCUCUAAUCUUAACAUUUAUCCUUUUCUUAGUUAAAUCACAUUAUUAAUUGUUUAGAUAUAGCAUUUCUGGCAGUUUGAAUCGUUCAGCGAUUUAGUUCGAUUCUUACAAGUUAAUCGAUUAUAGGACGAAUGUACGUUGCACGAAUGCAUGAAUGCUAUAAUUUUUAGAAAGUAUGGCAUCACUAUAAUAGGUUUAUGCAUGCUACUUGAGUUCUUUGUAUAGGCGACAUACAUAAAGAUCUUUCUAUCGAGGAAAUGUUAAGUCCAAAGUAAGAUUGAUUUUGUUGCAAGAAAUGUUUAAGCUAUUUACAUAUUAUAAUAGCAGAGGAAACUCAGUGAACAAAGAAUGUUAAAGAACAUAAGUAAAUAAGAUGCAAAAGGAAUACAAUUGUUACUUAAUAAUUUUAUUUAAUUUAAAGACAAUUAAAUACAUUUAAGAUUUUUAUUGAAAAUGUAUAUGAAGUCUAGAAUGUAUUAAUAUAUGGAGAGAUAAUUGUGUUAAUAUGCUCUGUAUAAUAAAAUUUAAUAUUUAUACAAAGGAAAAUAAAAAUUCUUUCUUUUA